AAUCCCUCCUCUCCUGAAGUGAUGCCAAUGACAAUUACAGAGCUGCAAAAUUUAAAUCAUUUUCCCGCCAGAGCCAGUGGGUGAAGCUCAUUUCAGUUUCAUUUUCUCUGACGCCCUCUCUGUGUCGGACCAUCUCACUCUGUGGUAGACUCAAUGGCAGAAACAAGCAUCUCACUUUCUCAGGAUCAGUUUACCUGUCCAGUGUGUCUGGAAAUUGUAGUGGAGCCGGUCACAAUCCCUUGUGGACACAACUACUGCAUGAGAUGCCUCAGUGACUACUGGGAUCAGAGCGAAGUCUACAGCUGUCCUCAGUGCAGAGAAACAUUCAUCUCAAGGCCUGCACUUUGUAGAAAUGUCAUGCUGGCUGAUGUUGCAGAGAAAAUAAGGAAGUCAAAACUCCAUUUGGCAAAGACAGAAUGGCAGACAGAAUGUGGAGAGGUACUCUGUGACGAAUGUGCAGGCACAAAGAAGAAAGCCAUCCAGACGUGUCUGACAUGCCUGGCCUCCUACUGUGAGACUCACAUCCAGCCUCACUGGCAGUUUGAAACUAUGAAGAAACACAAACUGGAAAAGCCAAUGGGAAACCUGCACCAGAGGAUCUGCUCCAAACACCAGAGGCUUAUGGAACUUUUCUGCAAAACUGAUCAGAGUUGUAUCUGCUCUUUAUGUGUAGCAACUAAACACAGAAAUCACGACACGGUGACACCUGAUAUGGAAAGAACAGAGAAACAGGAACAGAUGAUGAUGACAAAAAGAGAAAUCCAAAAGAGACUCCAGCAAAAACAAAAGAAACUGGAAGAGGUCAAAGAUUAUGUGUGUCUGAUUAAGACCUCUGUAGACAGGGAGGUGCAGCAAAUUGAGAAGAGUCUCUCAGAUCUGAUCUGCUGCCUCAAAGAAACCCUUGGGAAUCUGAUGAAGAAGAUGAGAGAGCAAGAGGAGAGAGAAGUUGCAAAGGCUGAAGAAAUUAUAGAGAGAAUAGAGAAGGACAUCCAGGACCUCAAGAGAAGCGACACUGAACUCACUGAACUCUCUGAGACGGAUGAUGAUAUCAUAUUCCUCCAGACAUUCACAUCAUUCUGUGUUCCCUCGGGAAGUAGAGAAUCCCUCAGCUUUGCUCUCACUGGUCAGUGUUUUACUGAAAACCUGAAAAAAGAGCUGUCAUAUCUGAAAGAACGGCUGGAGAACUUCAGCUUUCAGGAAAUUGUGAAAUUCAUUCCAGUAGUGAGAGAUGUUCCACUGUCUCCGCUGUUCCAGACAAGACAUGAGUUUUUAAGAUACUCUUUCCAACUUACACUUGACCCUAACACAAUGAACAAAGAACUAUCUCUGUCUGAAAGAAACAGGAAGGUGACACGAGGGAGAAAGAUGCAAUAUGGGGAUCACCCUGACAGAUUUGAACACUGGCGUCAAGUGCUGUGCAGACAGGGGAUAAUUGGGAUUCGCUGUUAUUGGGAAGUAGAGUGGAUAGGUAAGGGGGCUUCUAUAGGUGUUGCAUAUAAAGAUAUGUGCAGGAAAGGAAAAGGUGCAGAGUCUGGCCUUGGAGGUAAUGAUAAAUCCUGGAGUGUUGACUGCUCUACUACCAGGUAUUCUGUGUGGCACAGUAACAAGGAGACAGAGAUAACUGCCCCACUCUGUCACAGAAUAGGAGUGUAUCUGGACUGUCCUGCUGGCUGUGUUUCAUUUUAUAUCGUCUCAGAAGACACAAUGACCCUCUUGUACAGGUUUAAAGCAUCCUUCACUGAGCCUCUCUAUCCUGGGUUUGGGAUUGGUGUUGAUUCCAGUCUAAUAAUUUGCCAUCUCUGACCCAUCUAAUUAGUCAUCACUGUCAUUUGCAAACAUCCUCGUGUGUCUGAAGGAUUUCCCUUAUAUAAAUCAGUUACUUGAGGCUGUGGAGGAAUUUGACUUUCAAGGAGAUGGUGAGUGUGUGGAUGUGAGUUGGUGGGGUGGACAUAGAAGUGAAAAAAGAAAGAAAUUUGAUUCUAUAUUACUGCUUAUCGCCAUUAUUUUAUUUAAACUGUAUUUUGGUAGCCUGUGUGCUGGGAGGAAAUAUGCAUUAAUCACAAAGCAACUCUAGUUUAGGCCCAGGGCAGCUCUGAACAUUUAUGAAUGCUUGUAAUAUACAUUGUCAAGAAAAUUAUAAAACAGCUUUAUAAUUCAUUUAAAGGCUUCAGAGAGAGGACAUUUUUUGUAACACGGUUUUUUCUUCAUGUACAUUUUUUUCUUAAUUUUCAUUUUAAUGAAAAUCUAUACUUUAAUCUCCCUCAUGUUAUUGCCUCUUUCUAAAAUUUGCAGCAAUGUUUUAUUUAAAUAUAACUUAGUUGCAUUUUUAAUAUAAACUAUUCAACCUAAAUAUCUUAAUCAGUAAUUGUACUGUAAGUACCAUUUUACUAUAAAUAAAUAAAAU